ACUCCGCCGAGGGCCGCCAUAGCUAUUGCGGCAUCCUCCCUCCGCUCCGCAGGCAGGGGCAACGCUUCUCUUCCUGUCUGGGAUAAAGACCAUAGCUCAAAAGGAAAACCGAGGGAGGAGAAGUUAGAAAGAGCUGAUGAACGGAGCGUUUUGAGGGGACUGUGACGCCGCGGCAAUCCCCGCCCUUGAACUGCGCGCACUACCGCCUCGGUAGCUGUCAUGGCCGCCGGGCCACGUGACUCCGACUUGGCUCCGGCCUCGCUUUUCGUCACUCUGGUUUUGUAGUCUCGGUUCUCCGACUCCCUCUUUUUCCUCGCUUGUGGACUCCGAUAUUGCCAUUCUUCCCUUAGAAGAACUGCUGUACCGACUCUGAGAAAUUUGAAAACAUCUGGAGAAAAUGACCCAUUGGUUUCAUAGGAACCCAUUAAAAGCCACAGCUCCUGUGUCUUUUAAUUACUAUGGUGUAGUCACUGGCCCUUCUGCUUCAAAAAUAUGCAAUGACUUGAGGUCAUCCAGGGCACGACUCCUUGAACUGUUCACUGAUUUGAGCUGUAAUCCAGAAAUGAUGAAGAAUGCAGCAGAUUCAUAUUUUUCACUUUUACAAGGUUUCAUAAAUUCUUUGGAUGAAUCUACCCAAGAAAGCAAGUUACGAUAUAUUCAAAAUUUCAAGUGGACUGAUACGUUACAAGGACAGGUUCCAAGUGCCCAGCAGGAUGCUGUUUUUGAAUUAAUUUCCAUGGGAUUUAAUGUAGCUUUAUGGUAUACCAAAUAUGCUUCAAGACUGGCUGGAAAAGAAAAUAUAACAGAAGAUGAAGCAAAAGAAGUUCAUCGAAGCCUAAAGAUUGCAGCUGGGAUUUUUAAACAUUUAAAGGAAAGUCAUACCCCAAAACUCAUUACACCUGCAGAAAAAGGAAGAGAUUUAGAGUCACGACUCAUAGAAGCAUACGUUAUUCAAUGUCAGGCUGAAGCUCAAGAAGUAACAAUUGCUCGAGCAAUUGAACUAAAACAUGCUCCUGGACUAAUUGCUGCACUGGCGUAUGAAACAGCCAAUUUCUAUCAAAAAGCUGAUCAUACUUUAUCCAGUUUGGAGCCUGCAUAUUCUGCCAAAUGGAGAAAAUAUCUUCACUUGAAGAUGUGUUUCUACACAGCUUAUGCUUACUGUUACCAUGGUGAGACCUUAUUGGCUAGUGAUAAGUGCGGUGAAGCAAUCAGGUCUCUCCAAGAAGCAGAAAAAUUGUAUGCAAAGGCAGAAGCACUGUGUAAAGAAUAUGGAGAAACCAAAGGACCUGGACCAACAGUCAAACCUUCAGGACAUCUAUUCUUUCGGAAACUUGGAAACCUUGUGAAGAACACCUUAGAAAAAUGUCAGAGAGAAAAUGGAUUUAUUUACUUUCAAAAAAUUCCAACAGAAGCCCCACAGCUGGAACUCAAAGCAAAUUAUGGUCUCGUAGAGCCUGUACCUUUCGAAUUUCCUCCUACAAGCGCUCAGUGGACACCAGAAACAUUGGCUGCAUUUGAUCUCACCAAAAGACCCAAGGACGACAGUACUAAACCCAAACCAGAAGAAGAAGUGAAACCCGUGAAAGAACCAGAUAUCAAACCUCAAAAGGACACUGGGUGCUACAUCUCCUAAAAUAUUCCUGAAAUACAGUUUGCACUUAGAAUUUCUCUAACAGGAGAUAAGAUAAACCACAGAAUUUCCGUUCUUAUUUCUCAAAAUGAUUUCUCUGAAGCUUGUAGAAUAACUAUUACAUUCAGAGGGUUAUCUGCCUUCAGCUUACUUGUUUUUGAUUUUUAAUACAGUGGAGAUGUUUCUUGCUUUGUUUUCAGCCUCUCCUUUUUAAUCAGGACAACAUUUGAAAGAUUUUAUUGUGCCUCUAAAGGGUAUAUUUGGGGGUUGGGUCUUUUUAUUAAACUCUGGAUAGUAAUAAGUUUCAGGUCAAUAUAGGCCCAAAUCAUGUGGUUUCAGGUAUGUUUUUCUUUUUCUUUUUUUUUGUUUUUUUGAGGCGGAGUCUCCCUCUGUUGCCCAGGCUGGAGUGCAGGGGCACGAUCGUGGCUCACUGCAACCCUCCGCCUCCUGGAUUCAAGUGAUUCAUUCCUGCCUCAGCCUCCCUAGUAGCUGGGAUUACAGGCAUGUACCACCACACCCAGAUAGUUUUUGUAUUUUUAGUAGAGAUGUCAUUUCACCAUGUUGUCAGGCUAGUCUCGAACUCCUGACCUCAACUGAUCUGCCCACCUUGGCCUCCCAAAGUGCUGGGAUUACAGACGUGAGCCACUGCACCUGGCCUCAGAUAUGUUUUUCUGUCUACACACAAAAAAAUUUAUUUUCCUUCCUCUUACUUGAUAUCAGAAUAAUGACAGGAAUCAGUUUUUAACAGAGAUAGUUUUUCCAUUUCUCCAUUGUGUUAAUCAGAGCACAGACUUACAUCCUCAGUCAUUUAUCUUUUCUGGUGGGGGAUAAAAAGUCACUUAAAGAUGAGAAAAUUAUCACACCAAAUCCUUUACAUAUGUUAGAAUCAAUAAUUUACUAAAAAAUCAGUUUUUAUAGGUAUGUUGGGACCUUAUCCAAGAACUUAUCCCUGUUCCAGUAGCCCUGUGCUUCGUUCAGUAUCAGUAACCCUGCAAUGAUUUUUACAAAUAUCUUUUCUAGUGGGUUUUUUACUUAGAGGACAGAACUUUGUAAUAGCUCUUAAUGUUUAUAUAUAAGAGAAGACAGAAUGGAAAAUGUUUUUUGAAGUCAAAUAUUGCAUGUUGUAAAGAAAAAACUUUAAACUUAAAUGAGUAGGUUGUCCUGAAUUACACUGGUAACUCUACUUCUUUAUUAAAGAAGUUAUAGUAAGAUGCCUUUGUUACCUGAUUUCAGUGUACAUUGUUUUUAUGUGGUUUUCUGAUAAUGUCCUGUCAGAAUUGUAUUGGUUUAGGCCAAAGGCCAUAGCAAAAACAGAGAACAAAUAUAGAUACAAUAUGAUCUUAAAAAUAGAUUGUAACAUUUUAAACAAUUAGUUUAGUAAUUUGGGAAAUAGUGGAUGCAUAAUACUUUUAACAGAAGUCACACAUCUGUAGGUUUAUCUUUUGAUUAUUCUCCUGGGUCAUUAGAUAAUUUUUCUAUUAUAAGUGACAGAUUGAUUCACUUAAUAUAAAUAAUACAAGUAGCAUACACUAAAAGCUUACUGUGUGCCAGAUACUGUGCUGGACACUUACAUAGAUAAGCUAUUGAAUCCACAAAGCAGCCCUGUGAGAAAUAAAUAAAAUCUGCAUAAAGUGUUGAAAUAGGAAUAUGCAUUUCAUUAUGAAAAAUGAGUAAUUAUGCCAAUCUGAAUCAAUAUAGCAUUCAAAUAAGUGAUUACUUAAAUCAUAUAUCAUAGUUUACACUCCUUAAAAAAAGGUACAUAAAUUCAGUGAGGUUUUUUUCUUAACAUAUAGAAAUACUAAAUACUGCUUGCAACAUAAUAUUAAUAUUUGAAGCUGUAGUUUCCGGAAUAAGUGGAGUAAUAACUAAACAGGCAUUUAAUUUUAUUUCAGUAUCUAUGGAAAAAAUACUUCAUUACAUCUCACUCUAUUUUAUGUUGUCUUUAUUACAAAAUCACUUGUCUAUUUGUUGUGUGCCACUUACUGACAAAACUUUAAACAGUACUUGAUGCCAGCUCUUUACUCUCUGGCUGUGGGACCUAUUUCUCUUAGGUACUUGUGCUUAUUAAUCUACUUACUAAAUUUUCACAUUGACAGUUUUGGGAAUGAUACUACCAUAUCUGAAAUGGAAAAUGUAAUAUGCUUAGUACUUCUGUAAAAUACAGCAAUACUAGUAUUACUUUACAUCAGUAGGCAUCUUUUACGUGAGCAGAUAAAUAUUUUGUUGACUCAGCAAAAGUAACACUUUGUGACUAAAAUAUCCCAUUAUAUAUAAUGUUUUUUGAAAUGUUCGAAAUUUUGGGAAAUUAUCACAUAUCUAGAAGUUGCAUGAAGGUUAUAGAGAGAUGUAACUAUUUGUUAACUAUUACAUGGAUUUCAUACUUGGCAGUGACAACUAACGUUACUUCAGCUAAAAGUGUAUAAUGGGUUAUCUUUUUAUUUAUGAAAAUAAAAGUAAUUUUACUUACAAU